GCAGAGCGCUCAUAGCUAAAUACGAUGACGCGAAAUAUUACUUACAUCUAAUCGUUUCCCCUCUGAUGUUCUCUCCUGGACAAUCAUCGCUCCUCUGACCUUCAUACACGACACACAAACAUGGCGGAGCUUACCAGAGUUGAAUCGAUGCAAUACCCUGCUGGGCACUUGGCGCAUCUUUCACAGAACCAGCAAGCACAGCUGGAAGCAUUUGAGAAGCUUGCACAGGAGCAAGGCUACUACACGCCCGCCACAGAAACAACCGAAGCCAGCCAUGAUGACGAGACGAUGCUUCGAUUCUUGCGCGCGCGUCGCUUCGUGCCGCAAGAUGCCUUUAAGCAGUUCAAGGACACCGAGGACUGGCGCAAAGACCAGAACAUCGUCGACCUGUUCGAGACUAUCGAGGUUGAAGAGUAUGAGCAGACACGCCAACUGUAUCCCCAAUGGCUCGGCCGACGCGACAAACGCGGCAUUCCGCUGUACCUGUUCGAGGUCGCUCCUCUGAACUCCAAGAACAUUUCUGCGUACGAGAAGGCCCUUGCUAAGGCAAGGACAACAUCGCCCAAGGUCGCAACAAAGAAUCUUCGUUUAUUCGCCCUAUACGAAUCGCUCACUCGUUUUGUCACACCUCUGUGCUCGAUGGUCAAACGUCCGCACCCUGAGACGCCCAUUUCGCAGAGCAACAACAUUGUGGAUAUCAGCAACGUUGGGCUGAAGCAGUUCUGGAACCUGAAGAGCCACAUGCAGGAUGCAUCCGUUUUGGCCACAGCCCACUACCCUGAGACCCUCGACCGUAUUUUCAUUGUCGGUGCACCCGGCUUCUUUCCUACCGUCUGGGGCUGGGUCAAGCGUUGGUUUGACCCUAUCACUGUUUCCAAGAUCUUCAUAUUGUCGCCAGCCAACGUCUAUGCUACGCUUUCCGAGUACAUCGACCACGACAACAUCCCCAAAAAGUAUGGAGGUGGACUAGAUUUCGAGUGGACCCAGAUGCCGAACCUUGAGCCAGAGAUCGAGGCUGCCGUUAAGUGGGAGAAGCCACGCAUGCAGAACGGCAAGAAAACACUGCCUGUUGGACCUGUGAAGUGGGAGAAGGGGCAAAAUGGCGAGAUGCAAGCCUGGGCAGUAGGACGACAGAAUGGUCAACCUCGCCGAGAACUUGUUUUCACCAUACCGAACCCUGUGGGCUACAAGACCAAGCCAGUGGCUAAUAUACCCGCGCACGAGCUCGGCAAUCCUCUCACAACUGUAGGCACCGCAACUCACCCUCCGGAUGUAGACGACUCGACAACCGAACAGUCACCUCCGUCUGACUUGCCCUUGCCAUCUGAGACACACCAAUCACCGAAUGUGGCUGCAGCCAGUACAGCGCCCUCGUCUACCCCUGCACAGACAGAGUUACCUAUUCGCGAGGGCACUUCGGAGGCACGCUACGAGCAACAAAAUCAGACACAUGCUGCAGGCCAGCUUACAGAAGGUACACCACAGGCAGCCGUAAAUGAUCAUGGGUACGGCGAUAAGACAGUAACGAUGGAGCCAAACACAGUCGGUCAGGCGCCGAAGGAGAUUCCACUUCCCGAACGCGAAGAGCCUCCUGCACCAGGCUAUCUCGAGCAGGCGCAGAACGUAGCUGCUCAGGCCUCAGGAUACGUCACUUCGACUGUAUCAUCCGUUGCUGACGCUGUGACUGGCGCUGUAUCAGGCAAUGCAGACAAGAAAAAAGACGAGGUUGUAGAACCCACACGAACCAAGAGCCCUGAAGAGCAGCAGCUAGAUAGGCAGAUCGAUGCGAGCAAAGAUCAAGAUGUAGAAGUCUUCCUGCGCGAGCAGAACCGAAGCAGGGCAUAGAAAGUCUGGCGUUGCAUCUUGUGUUUUCGAUGAGAUGGUGUACGAUACCUUGGUGGCUUAGAUAGCUCUGCACCUCAUACCAUGUCCGGGAGAUCGGCAUGGCCUUACGAAUGAACGUUUGCCUCACUUGU